AGGAACUGUAGGUAUUGUAUGAACCGACAGCUAUAGAAGAGGGAAGACGUAUCUAAUGCUGUUUUUCAUGCCUUGCGUUUGAAACCGAUUAGAAAGCGGCUAGAAUUCUCAUCUCCCUCCAAUUUUUUCUUCACAUCAUAAGUUUGAAAACACCAGAUUUUUUUCGAUGCAGAAUUUUUCUUAAAGUCAUUCCAUGUAUUUCGUAUCACAUUUUUAGCAUUCAUUUCCGUUCGUAGAACCAACGAAGUAGGAAUUGUGUUUAUUUAAGUCACAAAUAUAUUUCCAUAAGAACAAAUUUUUGGGGUGUUUCAAAUCAUCAGACCUCAGCAUUCAAACUAUAAUUGUGUGGUAUUGAACAAUGGUCAAUAGAGAUUGGAGACCAUUUGCAUAUGGAGGACUUGCAUCAAUUGCUGCAGAAUUUGGAACUUUUCCCAUCGACACUACAAAGACUCGCCUUCAAGUGCAAGGUCAAGUAUCAGAUGCCAGAUUUAGGGAAGUUAAAUAUAAGGGCAUGAUUCAUGCCCUUCUACGUAUUUCUAAAGAAGAAGGCGUGAAAGCAUUGUAUUCUGGGAUAAAGCCAGCUCUUUUGAGGCAAGCUACUUAUGGAACAAUAAAGAUUGGCAUUUAUUACUCUUUAAAAAACUUAAUAAUAAAACAUCCACAUGAUGAGACUUUAUUCAAGAGUGUUCUAUGUGGCAUUUCAGCUGGAGUUAUAGCAUCAUCUAUUGCUAAUCCUACAGAUGUACUUAAGGUGCGUUUGCAAGCUCAAAACAAAGCUUACUCACAGAAGGGUAUGUUCCGCUGCUUCCUUGACAUCUAUUGUACUGAAGGUGUUAAAGGUUUAUGGCGGGGUGUUUGCCCAACUGCGCAGAGAGCUGCUGUAUGUGCUGGUGUCGAACUUCCAGUGUAUGAUAUAACCAAAAAGAAUCUCAUUUUAUCUGGUACUAUGGAUGAUAGUGUUUUAAAUCAUUUUGUAUCUAGUUUUACUGCAGGUCUAGCUGGUGCUAUUGCAUCUACACCUAUUGAUGUUGUAAGGACAAGGUUGAUGAACCAAAAGAGAUUAAGAACUGCUGUUGUUGGAGCUGCUCCUGUCCAAGUCAUUUAUACUGGUUCCUUCCACUGUGCUGUUCAUACCAUUCAAACAGAAGGGAUCCUAGCACUUUAUAAAGGUUUUGUCCCUACAUGGGUGAGGUUAGGACCUUGGAAUAUUAUAUUUUUUAUAAUAUAUGAACAGAUGAAGCGUUUGUAUUAAAAGCAGCAUCAAGAAAAAAAUUAUAUCUAAUUAACUUAUAGAACUGAUAAAAAUUAUAAUCAUAUGGCACCUGCUUAAUUCUAUCCAUCCUUUCCCAUUGCCAUUUUUCACCCAUGGAGAGUUUUACAUUUGAAGUAUUAGGUAUUGUUCAAAUGCUUAGAUGACUGUAGAAGUCAAACUUCAUUUUAUUUAUUUUGUUUUAUUUCAAAAAGCUCUAUUUUCAGAGAAUUUUCUGAAAGUUUAUAUAUUUGUACAUAUAUCUUGUUUUCUUGUUCUCCAAAUGUUAUACAGUUUCACGAAAAAAAAAUAAAAUUUUACUUCUAU